AUGUAUAAAGUUUAUCAAAAAUUUUUGAAGGGAGUUCAACUCAAAGUUCAAGCCCAAGAAGGAUAUUUUAGUCAACUUAAUAUUGAAGAUGUACCAUUAACAUCUAAGUCAAUAAGUCAACUCAAAGUUCAAGCUCAAGAGGGAUAUUGUAGUCAACUUAAUAUUGAAGAUGUACCAUCAACAUCUAAGUCAAUAGGGGUAAACACUAAUCCUACCAAUGAGGCUUUGGAACUUGCAAAUUCGAAAGAAAAAAUUAAACUUUUAAAUGAACAAGUAGCUGAACUACUUCAGAUAAAAUCGGCAGUAGGGAAACUUUUUACACCAAAACAAUUAAAACGUUUGCAAAACCCAAAAAUUCGUACCGUAAUAAAUGAAAAACUCAAUAAAUUAUUAAAUACUUCGGGAUAUCCUGAUAACAAUAUAAUAAUAUAUUUUAUGUAG